AUGAUCUGGCUAAUCAUAGCCAUCGCCGCCGUGAUAAGCUCCGGAUGUCACGCAGCCAACACCUUUUCCGCAAAGGUGGAGCUAGGUUAUGCUACAUAUGUCGGCACAAAACUCUCAAAUGGAGUUGAUGAGUUCAUUGGAAUACGUUAUGCCGAAGCGCCUUUGGGAGAUCUCAGAUUUCGUGCUCCACAGCCACCUAAACAACAAUCAGACAUACAACGAGCUACUUCAUUUGGAGAUUACUGCAUUGGAACGAAUGAGACGGUAGAUGAUGGCGUCUCAGAAGAUUGCCUCUUCGUCAACAUUUGGCGCUCAUCAAACGCAACACGGGAAUCUAAGCUCCCAGUCUGGGUGUUCAUCCAAGGUGGAGGCUUCAAUCUCAACUACAGUCCCAACUACAACGGUUCGGAAGUCGUUGAAAAGUCUAACAAUAACGUUGUUCUUGUUAACUUCAACUGGCGCGUGGGCGUUUAUGGAUUCUUAGCUGGCCAACCUGUGAAGAAAUUUGGCGAUUUGAAUGCCGGCCUCUUAGAUCAAUUAGCGCUUCUGCAAUGGUUUGGUGGCAACCCAGAUCAUGUAGCCGUUCACGGUAGCUCCGCGGGCGCCGGUUCCGUGGCUCUUCACCUCUUGAAUCCUGCCAAUACUCGACUCUUCGCUGGUGCUAUAAUGGAGUCCACCUUCAUGCCUACACAGCCGCUCGCAUCAGAACUGGAGUGGCAGUACGACCGUUUUAUUAAAGAUGUCGGGUGUACUGAAGGUGCUGCUGAGCUGCAAAUGCAGUGCUGGCGCGAGAAGACGACUGAAGAACUUCAAAAGGGUAAUGUCGCGACUCCGUUUCCCGGCGGGCCAUCUCAACCGCUGCCGGUCUGGCCGUGGACACCUUGCAUUGAUGGAGACCUCAUUCCGGAUAAGCCUCUGGACAUGUAUAAGAGAGGAGAAUUUAUCAAAGUCCCAAUGAUUAUCGGGAAUAACGAAAAUGAGGGAGCUUACUUCGCUGCAAAUGCGUCAACCGAGGAAGAAGUGCGUCUGUUCAUAAGCAGCAACUAUCCUCAAUUAUCAAAGACAAAGAUCAGCGAGAUCACCAGGUACUACCCGCAGACAAAGUCAGUUCCACAGCACGCCGAAUGGUUCCCAUCCGCCGACCAAGCGUAUGGCGAAUCUACCUGUACAUGUCCAGCUCUGGCCAUUCUAGACGCCGCAGAGAAGUUUACCAACAGUCAGCAGCCCAUUUCUUCUGAGGCUGUUCGGCUAUGGUCCUAUCAUAUGAAUGUAUAUGAUGAAGAAUACGUCUCUAUGGGACUGGGCUGUCCUCAUGGUUACGAAGAAGGACUCAUUUUCGGGCCUUCUGGCACUAAGAUCCCAAAAAGAUACCAGCCGCCAGCCAGUUUCUCGACCUAUAAUGCUCCUUUGGUCUCUGUAAUUAUGAGCUACUGGAUAUCAUUUGUGCGUACUCUGUCGCCGAAUUCGCAAAAGGAUCCUAGGGCACCUAUCUGGGAACGUUGGGGACAUGGAAACAGCCGCUCCAAGCUUUUAGUCAGGCUGGGAGAACUUAGAAUGGAGCCUAUAACAGAGGCUCAAGUGACAAGAUGUGACUUUUGGAACGAGAUGAAUAGAUCGUUAUAA